CACGUGACACACCAGCUGACUCCUGUAGAGAAAGACUCAGUGGCUGGGUUGUUGCAGCCACGGUUGCCCGGCCAGGAACCCGAGCCGAACAGUCAUUGUCAGAAUGUCGGGCAAAGACCGAAUUGAAAUCUUUCCCUCGCGAAUGGCACAGACCAUCAUGAAGGCUCGGUUGAAAGGAGCACAGACAGGUCGAAACCUCCUGAAGAAAAAAUCUGAUGCCUUAACUCUUCGAUUUCGACAGAUCCUUAAGAAGAUAAUAGAGACUAAAAUGUUGAUGGGUGAAGUGAUGAGAGAAGCUGCCUUUUCACUUGCUGAGGCCAAGUUCACAGCAGGGGACUUCAGCACCACAGUUAUCCAAAAUGUAAAUAAGGCCCAAGUGAAGAUUAGAGCAAAGAAAGAUAAUGUAGCAGGUGUUACAUUGCCAGUAUUUGAACAUUAUCAUGAAGGAACUGACAGUUAUGAACUGACUGGUUUAGCCAGAGGUGGGGAACAGUUGGCUAAACUGAAGAGGAAUUAUGCCAAAGCAGUGGAACUACUGGUGGAACUGGCUUCACUGCAGACUUCCUUUGUUACUUUGGAUGAAGCUAUUAAGAUAACCAACAGGCGUGUAAAUGCUAUUGAACAUGUCAUCAUUCCCCGGAUUGAACGUACCCUUGCUUAUAUCAUCACAGAGCUGGAUGAGAGAGAGCGAGAGGAGUUCUACAGGUUAAAGAAAAUACAGGAAAAGAAAAAGAUUCUUAAGGAAAAGUCUGAUAAGGACUUGGAGCAGCGGAGAGCAGCUGGAGAGGUGAUGGAGCCUGCUAAUCUCCUGGCUGAAGAGAAGGAUGAAGAUCUUCUGUUUGAAUAAGCUUUCCUGCUCUGGUGCUUUCGGAAGGCCUAACAUGUCACCAUUUUAAUUCAUGGUGUGUAGGUUUGUUAUGUGUGGCUAUUUAUUUUUUGGCUUAAGAAUUUCACCAGUUGUAAAAUUUCCCUGGAUGUCUGUUUAUGGGAUCUACCUUUGCAGAAUCAUAAUUAAGCAACAAAUAAUCACCAAUGAAAUUUGUGGAACCUGUCCCGAAACCUGUAGAAUUUAUGCUGUGGAAGUGUCACCCUACUUCAAUUCUACAUCUGUUACAAGUCAUCUGCUUACCGAACAUAGUAAGAAAAUCCCUUUAGGAAGCAGCAGUGCUCUCAGGCCAACACACAUUUGUAGGCCAACUACUCUGGAGCACACUUUGUUCCUACCUGCUCACGCACCUUGGCACCAUUGUCUGAGAUUGCUACAGCCAUUCUUGUGUUAGUUACUAUGGGACGUCUCUCCUUAAGCUUUAGGGAAACCUUCAUUUAUUUUUCCUUGAAUAACAGGUCUCUGGUCUGUCAUGGGAACAGUUCUGCCAAUUCAAAUGUGACUACAGUAUAAACAGUAAAA